AUGAUAGAAGAUUUUUAUAAGCUCUGCUCUGCUCACAAUGAUUAACAAUUGAUGUUCGUUUAAACUAAUUUUAGUAAACAAUAGUAUGGAUAACCCAAGGAUUAAAUGGUUAAACAUAAUAGUAAAUGCUCUUAUUGUAUAGUUGUUAGCAAUUAAGAUGUUAAGAAUUUUACAAAUUAUGAUAACUUUAGUUAAGUUUUAGCAAAAAAAUAUCAACAAUUAGAAAAAAUAAAGCUUUUAGUUAAAGUCCUCUCUUCCCAAAAUGAGGGAAUGGUAAGUAAUAAAUAAAAAAAAGUGAAUGUAAUAUAGAAGAACUUAGUUUCUACAAUUAAAGAAAAGCUUAUAGAUGAAUUUGAAUAAUGCUAAGAAGAGUUUCUAUCUAUAAACAAACAUUAAGUUGAAUAUUCAUAAAGGCUUCUUCAACUUUACAAACUGAAGGCCGUAAUUGAAUUUGAAGAAUUUUAUUUUUAUGAGCUUUCAAAUGAAGCGUAAGAAUUACUUACCUCAUUUCCUAGCAUGUUAGUUUAUAAAUCUUCAACAAAGCCAUUCUAAAUUUCUAAAAAUAAUGAUGUUAAAGUAAAAAAAGUUAUUUUCUAAAAAAAUUCUGACUUUCCUGAUCAAUAAAUAAAGAGUAACUUAAUGAAAUUUUAGGAGAAAAUAUUUAUUUUUGGAGAUAAUUAUGGAUUUAUUUAUUACUAUAAUUGUAAAACAGAUGUUUAAUUUGUGAAAAGAAAACAUAAUAAUUAAGUAUGUGUUAUAGAAAAAAUAAAAGAAGACAUAUUUUGUUCAGGAGCUCUUGAUUAGAGAGUUAUUUUAUAUAAGAUUAAUCCUUAAGAUAAACUCAUUGUUUUAGAUAAGAUGAGACUCGAUUAGAUAGUCUUUAGGUUAAAAAAGAUGGAUGAAAAUCGAAUAGCCUGUAACUAGGGUUGCUCAGUAUUUAUUCUUAACAUUUCUAAUUAGUAAAUUAAAGUGGAAAAAAAACUGAACUUUCCUGAGGAAUAAAGCAGUGAUGUGUUUGGAAUACUUUACAUGAACAAGUAAAUUAUAGCCUUACACAGAGAUGGCAGAUUAAAUUUCUGGAAUUGGAAAAAGAGAUAAAUAAUUAGAUCUCACAUGCUAAACAGUUAUAUUUAGUUUCCUCUUUUUGAAUCUAUUGGAAAUAACUAUUUGUAAGGAGCCAACGAAAACUAAUUUUAACAACUAGAUUAAGAAUAUUUUGAGCAAUUUAUUUAAAUGGCUAAUAAUUAGGCAGAUUUAUCAGAAUAAAAUUAAAAUAGCAAUACUGAAUAGAAUGAAAAAGUAUAAGAAGAUAGUAAUAUGGAAUUAGAAUAACAGAAUGAAGAUGGUGAAGAAGAAGAAGAAGAUGACAUAGAAGAUGAAGACUGGGAAACUAAUAGCAGCACCUCUUCUAUUGUAAUUUCAUAUUCAAGAAUAAGAUAAUUGAGCAAAUAUCAUAUAGCAGCAGUAACACAUAACAACAUAAUUUAAAUUCAUGAUUUCAGAGAUUUUUACUUUAAGCAAAAAUACUAACAAAUAAAAAUAAAUUUUGAAAUACUUUGCCUUGAAAGUAUACCAAAAACAGAUUAUAUUCUAGUAGCAGGAGAUAGUUUGGAAAUUUAUAAUUUAAAAAAUUAAAAGAAAGAAAUAGAAUUAGAAAACACUUAUGUAGAAUAAGAAAAUGAAGAAGAAAAUAAAGAGUUUUUGCUUGGAAGUUAAGGACUUAUUGGUGGUUAAAUAUUUAAUCAAAGCUAAAUAGCCUCCGUGAAACUUGAAGAAAUUUAAUUGAUUUUUAUAUAGCUUUGA